AUGGAAGGAUUUUUUCCAACUAUAUUACUUUAUGAUUUUCAGCGAGCAUAUCGGCUAACGCAAGUUUUUCAAAUAGUGAAACGAAGAGCUCGCACGCGAAAUGCUUUUGAUGCUACAAAAUGCAUUAGCAGUCAAGAUUUGGUAUCAGCUAGUAUUAAGCCUAACUACGAAGAGCUAACUAAAUUUUGCACAGGGCGCUGUGACGGAUCAUACUCUCUGGGUUGUACACAAAACUACGUAGUGUGCUCCAAUGAUAUUCCUUAUAUAAUGUUAUGCCCAGAAAAACUAGUAUUGGAUAUCACUAUCGGGGAAUGUGCUAAAAGAGAUCAUGUAGAACACUGCAAAAAUAUUUCACUCGAAAAAACUCUCUUAAAUGCUAGCGAUCUCGGAAAUACAAUGGCAAUUUUUCGUUUAGGAGUCGACGUAUCAGCUUGCAACAAUGUCAUAAUUAAUUCAAAAAGCACUUCAGCUGUAGAGGUCGCCUCCAAUAGUUCUACAAUGACAACACAAAUUCCAUCAUCUCCGGAGUUUUCGUGUGUCGGAGUACCAGAUGGAGUCUACGGAGAAGGUUGUACAAAAGAAGUGACGUUCUGUCUAUCAGGAAGGGUUGCCAGGUUCCAAUGCCCUGAUCUUUUGAAGUACGACACUGAGAGCAAGAUGUGUUUGCCACAGGCAAAAGUAAUAGCCUGCCAUGAGUUACCAAUCAAAGAAUCAGAAUCAAAGUCGGAAUCGCAACUGCUAUUUCCAGCGCAGGAGUCCGAAUUCACAUGUGAAAGCAAACCGGAUGGUGCAUAUGCAAGAGGAUGUGCCGCCGAAUUUGUGGUGUGCACUUCUGGCCUAGCAACUUACUAUCGUUGCUUGUCGCCUCUUAUGUAUGACAUAGAUUCGCAAAUGUGUCAUGAUCAGUAUUGCAUUGAUGGUAAACUUGAGCAGCAUGCUUGUCCUGAGAAUUUUAAAUUCGAUAAUACAAUCCAGAAAUGUCUCCCAGAACCGCUUGUAGCAGCUUGCUCAAAAACUCAGCCGAUCGUAUUUGUUAAUAGAGCAAAAGAUGCAAAAUCAUCGUUUAAUACACAAGAAGGAAGUAAUGCAGUGCCGAUGGUAUCAAUCGCUCAUUUAAUUAUAAAGUGCAAUCAAUCUACUCCGAUUGUCAAAACAACAGCAGUAAUUACGGAAAUGCCUGUCAUUGAGACUAUAUCUUGUUUAGAGAGAAUUAAAACAAUGGGCUAUUUAAGAGAACCGGUUGGAAAUGAAACAAUAAGUUGCGGAGGGAAAUCGAAUGGUGUGUAUGCAGGCGAGUGCGCACUGGAAAGUUAUCAGUAUAUGAGGACAUAUGGCUCAGUCAGAGAAGUACAAGCUGUAAAUGAAGGGUCAUUUGAGGUCACAGCUAUGCAAGACGGUACACGUAACUUGGUUCCAAUAGAUUCAGUGCGAUAUGGAACAUUAGUUACCGGCUCCGAAUUUCCAUCUCUUUUUUCACCCGUUCCGUACAUGUCAUCCUAUAUUUAUUUGCCUGAUGGGAAAUAUUCACGAGGAUGUUCUGUGGAAUUUAUUCUUUGCAUUGAUGGACAGCUGAAAAUAAACAAAUGUCCUAGUAGUGUGUUGAAAUUCGACUCUUCUUCUCAGCAAUGUCUUAUAGCAGCUUUUGUGAAAGAAUGUAGUGGGAAACGAACUACAGUGGACGAAAGCCAAACAGAAGUGUUGUUGAACAAAGUAAUAGCUCGAAAGGGGGAAAAAACUGAAUUCAUGUGUAACAAUCGACCAGAUAGUAGAUAUACUCAGGGAUGUUCUCCGAAAUUCAUUCAGUGUAAAGGUGUUGAAAAGAUGCAACUUCGUUGUCCUGGUUCACUGAUCUUCGAUGAGGAAACUCAACAAUGCCGUUCAGCUUCUUAUGUAAGUGCUUGUAAUAUUUUGAGCAGUAGUAAUUCGUCAACAGCCUCGCGAUCCAAUAGAACUGGAACAUCGCUUUUAACAAUAUUUGACUGUAUGGAACUACCAGAUGGAGUCUACUCAAAAAGAUGUUCACGCGAAUACACGUUAUGCAUAGCAGGCACAUCAGUAAUAUACCACUGUUCUGGACAGUUGAUAUUUGAUGCGCAAUCGGAAAAUUGCGUUACUAAGAACUUGGUGAGUUCAUGUGCAGAAACAAUCCCUGAGAUAGUUGAUGAAGAAAUUGUGGUCUCCGAGGUUAUUGCUGAUGCACCACUCAGCGAGAGUGCGAAAUAUAACCUAACGGAGAAAUCCAUGGAUGAGAUUGUGGGUCUCAGAUCGUCAUCAGUUGUUAACGAAUAUUCAAUUCCAGUAGCUUACUCGAUUGCAUACUUCGCGGAUUUUAAUCCUAUGAUCUAUUUCUGUCUCGAGAGAUCCGAUGACAUUUAUGUCGAUGACUGCUCAACAGAUUUUAUUGUUUGCGUCGCAGAAACUGCUCUAUUUCUCCACUGCACUAAUUCAUUAAGAUAUGACAGAGUUUCAGGAAUGUGUUUGGAUGAGAGUGAAGUAGCAACAUGCAGCGUUAACAUCAGAUCUGCUUCCAUUACCGAUCCAUUGAAGGUAGUUCCAUCUGAAGAAAAUAAUUCAUCGAACAAAUUAAAGCAUAUUGCGCCGCUCGCCCGGAUGGUUUGUAUGCCGAAGGUUGCUCAUCGAAAUUUGUGUCCUGCUGAAGUGGACAUGGUAGUAGUUAUAACUGUUCCGAUGAAUUGA